UACAUACAUACAUACUACAUGUAUCUGUUUACUACAUGUAUCUACGUAUAAUCAACAAAAUGUCAUUUAAUUGUCAAAAUUAAUUAUGUCAGAAUAAUGUAUACCGAAUCAAUACUGUUAAUGACAUUAAUGCAUCGAAUACAGUAAGUUCAAAUAUUACAAAGUUUUAUUUGCUCAAUGAUGGAAAAGAUCCCAGUAACGCCGCAAAUGCUACGUACAGCUGUGAAAGAAUUACAAAAACGUCAAUUAUUUGUUAAAUCAAAAAAUUUAAAAGAUUAUAUACAGAAAUAUUAUCCAGUUGAAACUAAUUUCAAAGCUCUCGAACAGGAAUUACAAGAAAAAUUAAAAUAUGCCGUAUGCGUUGGACUGCUUGCCAAAUACGGAGACGAUCAAUAUUGUAUACCAACUUUACGAGAAGAAGCUAAUGCUGUUAAAACAGCAAUCAGUGCAUUCUGGGAGAUGUACAAAAACAACAAUCAGUUGUCUAAUAUGAGAAAGAAAAAAUCAGAUACUAAAAGAUCGCAAUCGCACCAAAAACGAAGGAAUUACGUGAAUUUCUCUAAGAACAAUGAAACCGAUAGCAGUGAAGAUUUAGAUUUUUUUCUAAUCUAAAACCGUAAUCGUGUGUAAAAAUUAAACAUGUUAUGAUACAAUUGUAUAUCAUUUGACACUCUUGUACGUUACAUCCUCUACAAUAUAAAUUCUUUUUACACACACGCACACACACACGCGCACGCACGCACGCACGCACGCACACACACACAC